CCGUCUCUGCUAAAUAAUCUCUGUUGGGUUGGCCUCCAUCACAGAAGUUUCCUCCAUGUUUGCGCCUCUUCUCGACUUUACCUCAGAUCACAACUUACCAGAUCAUGUGUCGGGAAAAUAGACAUCAUAACCUAUAGACGCCAACCAAGCUCAGCUGGUAUAAAGAGUCUCAAUAUAAGUCUGUUUUUGGUGUUUAUCGUCGGUGUCGGUCGGUUUGGCUGCGAUUCUGAUUCGCCAAACGGAGAGUUUUAAAAACUCAGCUAUUCAGAUGUAUCAAAACAGAUGAUACUGAACUCUACAGCAACAUGAAAAUAUUAUCGCUCUUUUUAUUCUUACUCUUGAACGGUGUGUUUGGUGAUGAGUCAGUUUUUGUGAUGACGGGAGAUUCUGUCACUCUACACACUCAUGUAGACAGAUAUAAUGACUAUCAUUUACUGAGAUGGCAUUUCAAUGGUGCACGCAUAGCUCAAAUGAAUCCAUAUGCUGGUGUUCAGAUAUUCAGAGAGAGAAUUCAGUUGAACGACCAGACUGGAGAUCUCACCAUAACAAACAUGAGAACCACAGAUGCUGGACUUUAUGAACUAAAUAUCUUAAGUGGCUAUGGCAUAAAUACAAGGAUUUUCACAGUUACUGUUUCAGAUGGUGUGUCUAGGGCUGAAACAAAUGAAAUGAAGACAAUUCAAGAUGGAGUGAAAACUAUAAAAGUAAAGACUGGAAAUUCUGUCAAAUUAGACACUGGUGUUACCGAAGUACAAACAUGUGGUCUGAUACAGUGGAAGAUGGUAGAGCUGGGUAACUCCUCUGACCCAUUCAUUCUUCUAGCUAGAAUGAAUAAAACGAACAACAAGGAACCAUCAAAUGGUGGUGUUAGGACAUACAGAGCAAGACUGCAGCUGGACCAUCAGACUGGAGAUCUCAUCAUCACAAACACUAGAACCACAGACACUGGAGUUUACAAACUAGAAAUCACUGACAGCAGAAAUAAGAUCUCCAAGGCAUUCAUUGUUACUGUCAGUGAAAACAGAGAUGAUGAGUCGGAGGAUAUAAACUUGCAUCUGAUGAGAGACGCCUGACAACACUAAUGUAUAGAGACUUACACCGAACAGCCACAACAUUAAAACCGCCUGCCUAACAUCAUGUAGGUCCCCCUCGUGCCGCUAAAACAGCUGUGACCCUUCGAGGCAUGGACUCCACAAGACCUCUGAAGGUGUCCUGUGGUAUCUGGCACCAAGACGUUAGCAGCAGAUCCUUUAAUUCCUGUAAGUUGCGAGGUGGUUCCUCCAUGGAUCGGACUUGUUGGUCCAGCACAUCUCAUAUAUGCUCAAUCAGAUUGAGAUCUGGAGAAUUUGAAGGCCAAGUCAACAUCAUCCAUUGGAUGCUGCACACUGGUUGUGGCUGAGGAGAGUCCCCUAUUCACUGUGUAAAGCGCUUUGAGUGUAGUGUCAUAAAAGCGCUAUAUAAAUGUAACAUUCAUUCAUUCAACACCUUGAACUCUUUGUCAUGUUCCUCAAACCAUUCCUGAACAAUUUUUGCAGUGUGGCUGGGUGCAUUAUCCUGCUGAAAGAGGCCACUGCCAUCAGAGAAUACCAUUGCCAUGAAGGGGUGUUCGUGGUCUGCAACACUCUUUAGGUAGGUGGUACGUGUCUAAGUAACAUCCACAUGAAUGCCAGGACCCAAGGUUUCCCAGCAGAAUAUUGCCCAGAGCAUCACACUAGGGAUGCACUGAUCCGAUACCUGGAUCAGUUUGACUGACGUUUUUAAACGGAUCGGGUAUCGAUCCGACGAGCCCGAUCCAAAUCCGAUACUGUGUGUUAGUCAUGUUCGUUAAUGUCAAGCUUAAAAAUUACAAAAGAACCAUAAAAACACCAUUUAAGUAGUUCAUAUGACUUGUGCAUUUUAUUCAAAGCCACCAUAAGACGUGUGAUAGCUCUGUGACUCACAAAAGGCUGUGUUUAAUAAGUAAAUAUAUAAAAUGCACACGCAGCUCCAGCGCGUUUUUGAAUGGCGCUGCUGUUUACACACACGCACGCCUAUUUUUAGCGUUCACAGCGGUGCGCAAUAUUUGAACGCUACUCACGAACAACAUCUCGGAUGUAGAUGCUCAAUAGUUCGGUUCACUUAUAAUAUGCAUUUAGAAUGGCACUGGAGGUGCCUUUUUACCAGAAUUUGAAUAAGCAUCAAAUUAAACUACUGUGAACAUUCCUACAAACGGGACACAUACAGGAGUUCCUGGAGAGUUCAGAAUGUCAAAGUAAAAGCAUGAGUGUUUAAAAGUUAAAGGUGUCAUGGAGGCAGAGAUAUGAACUCAGUAGCAGGGUUUAUUGAACAGAUGAUUGAAACAGUGAUGUAAACAUUGUGUAAAUUCAGCAGGUGGCAAACAGCAGGUGAGUAAUAUCCAGACAGGGUAUAGACACGAUGAACAGAUAACUCACCACAGUCUUAUGAUACUUGCGGGCAAUAAUGAAGACACAGGUAUGUUUGACAUAGUAGAAAGGUCUGGGGUCUCAGAGAUACUAUCGAUGAGAAUAGACAAAGAGUGUGUGUGAAAGCGGGGUAUAUAUGCAGUCCUUGAUUAGCCACUAAUGAUAUGCAGGUGCGUGUAAUCAGAACUCAGGGGAGAGUGAGCGAGCGAGGCAGUGAGGAAGAAAGAGAGAGAGAGAGACCGGUGGAUCCGUGACAAAAGGUGCACGAUUGAGAUAUAUUACUAUAUAUUACUAUUAUAAUAUUUAAGUUGAAUGGGUUCCAAAAAAUAAUUUUGUGACUGAAGUGGACUGAUGUCUUACAACUAAAUUGAACAAAAAAGAGAUCUGAAUCCUUUAAAGUCCAAAUUCAAGUUGAAAAUAUUUUGCAAAAAAAAAAAAAAACGGCUUCUUUUCUACUGAAGACAUGAAGACUGGAAUUACUGUUAAUUUUGCUGCUACAUUAUCCAGUAUACUAGUUAAUAAUAAAGUGUUUCUUAAUAAGCUGUACAUUUAUAUUGAAAUAAUGUGUAGUUAGAGGUUUGUGUUUCUUUACAUAUUAAAGAGUACUCCCAAUUAGUUCCACACAAUAAUGUAAAGAUAUUCUAAACUGAUUAUGCAAAAAAACAACACUGGUAUCGGAUCGGGAUCGGCCGAUACUGAGAUUUCCGAUAUCGGAUCGGAAGAGAAAAAGUGCUAUCGGUGCUGGCCUGCCUUCUUCCCAUGGUGCAUCCUGCUGCCAUCUCUUCCCCAGGUAAACGAUGCGCACGCACCCUGCCGUGCACAUGAUCUAAAAGAAAGCGUGAUUCAUCAGACCAGGCCACCUUCUUCCAUUGCUUGAUGGUUCAGUUCUGACGCUCACGUGCCCAUUGUAGGCGCUUUCAGCGAUGGACAGGGGUCAGCAUGGGCACUCAGAUCGGUCUGCGGCUACGCAGCCCCAUACGCAGCAAGCUGCAAUGCACUGUGUGUUCUGACGCCUUUCUAUUAUGGCCAGAAUUAAGUUUUUCAGCAAUUAGCGCUACAGCAGCUCUUCUGUGGGAUCGGACCAGAUGGGCUAGCCUUCGUUCCCCACGUGCAUCAAUGAGCCUUGGGCACCCAUUGGUUCACCUGUUGUCCUUCCUUCUACAACUUUUGGUAGGUACUAGCCACUGCAUACCGGAAACACCCCACAAGACCUGCCAUUUUGGAGAUGCUCUGACCCAAUCUUCUAGCCAUCACAAUUUGGCCCCUGUCAAAGUUGCUCAGAUCCUUACGCUUGCCCAUUUUUCCUGCUUCCAACACAUGAAAUUCAAGAACUGACUGUUCACUUGCUGCCUCAUAUAUCCCAACCCUUCACAGGUGCCAUUGUAAUGAGAUAAUCAAUGUUAUUCAAUUCACCUGUCAGUGGUUUUAAUGUUGUGGCUGUAUAAUGAACAUUGCCCCCAUAUGAAAUUACAACAUACUGUAUUUAUACUUGUAUAAGAAACUAAAAAUCAACACCUGUACUGUGUACCUGUGAAACAUAGGAAUGUUUUGAUUUGCCAUGAACAUGUAUAAUUUAUUGUACACUGAUGGAACAUGAUGCAGUUUGCACUGAUCAACCUUGAUCUUUUCUAUCCUUGUAAAUAUUAGCUUUCAGAUGUUACAUUAUAUUUUGCAUUACCUGAUGCAGAUGUAACACUAUCAGUAUGACAGUCAUUUUUGAACUGCAAGCUUUAAAGUGUCAUAAAACAUUACAACGUUUUUCAGACAUUAUUUGUUGUGUAAAGUACGUUACGCAAGAUGGAAGGCAAUGUAAACAUGCAUUAUUUCUACAUUUGAAGAGAUGGUGGUUAAUUCAGAACAUUUUUGGACUAAAUUCUUAGUCAUUUGGGAUUUGGUUUUAUCCAAAGCGACUUCAAUUGCAUUCAAGCUAGGCUAUAUUUUUUUAUCCAUACGUUCAAUGGAACUUGAUGGCUUUACAUUUUAAAUAUAACUUAAAAUGAAUAUAAAAAUAUCUUAUGAGAAAUGUCAUGCAUGUCUGUCUACAUAUGAACUGACAGUAAGAACAGGUAAAUGUGAUUGUUUAAUGAUGAAUUCUGAGCACAGUGUGCGCUGAAUUCAAAGUGACUGAUUUUGGGACUUCUUGGGGCCCUGGAUGCAGUUCUAAAUCAUAUUGAUGUCUGAUAAUUACUGCCCUCUAGGGGAUAGAUGGUGUUAAGUUUAUGCUAAGUUAAAGUCGGCAUGAAAUGGACAUUGUGUUUAAAUACUUCCGUAUUGUGAUGUAUUUCCGAGCUUAUCAAAUAAGAAAAAUGUAGGGCGGGGAUUUCAGUUUAUCCAUUGGUUAUUGAUUGGAUUGUGAAAAUAUUGGUGGUGCAUAGCGGAACGGAGGCAGAUAUGAAUGUGAGUUUGCAGCGGACACACACACCCCUACCACCAUGCUGCUCGAGUCAGAGCUGGUUAUCGGUGAAUUGAUCAGCGAUCUGAACACAAUUAUGAUCAAACUGACAACAUAAACACACGAGCACAUCACGGUCUUUGCUUAAGAAGAGGCUUUAGCCAUAGAAAAUCGAGUAAAAGAUAAUCAUAUUUUAACAUUUUUAAUCACAAUACACUAAAUAUAAAGGAAAAACACAACUCGUGCUGUGCAUCCCAAGAUAACUGCAUUCAAAAAUAUAAACUCCAGAGUCAUCUGAAGUGUUGUAUUCAUUAGUGAUCAUCUCAGCAAUUCAGGCGUGAAAUAUCUCGAACACAGCCACGAAUUCAACGUUAUUCCAACUCAUUCGAGAUGUAAAUUCAAACCAGCUGACCCGUAACUAAGGAAGUUUGGGUUAAGGAACGAUAGUUUUGAAGGAAAACAGAUGAAAAUACACCUUGCUAUAUUUCCCAACCAGCGACUGAUGUUUCGUUCAACUCUACGCAAGGUUGUGGUAUUUAUAAGAAAGGGGCGGGGCUUAAGUGGACUAAAUAACAGGAGAAGUCCUGCACAUGUCAAGAUGGAGUUAUUAUAUUUUGAUUAAAGAUUACAAGGUCAAAAGAAAACAAAAUAAGAUCAAUAACAUGCAUUUAGAAAAUAGAUAGGGUGAAUUUUCAUUUCAUGCUGACUUUAAGCUAUGCUGAGUUAAAUAUCUGUUUAAAGAAAGUGAGAGAAUGCAUUUUUUAAAGCAUAUUUAAAUUACACAAUGAAUAAAUUUUUAAACAAUUUAAU